UUAUGUUCCUAGAAUUUUCAUCAUUACCAAUCAUUAUCUCACUUGAUCCAAAAUGUCAUAUAGCUUCAAGUUUUAUGCUUCUUUGCAGGUGGUGACGCUGUGGUAUAGGGCACCAGAAAUAUUACUUGGAUCACGUCACUAUUCUACUCCUGUUGAUGUGUGGUCAGUUGGCUGUAUAUUUGCUGAAAUGGUGAACCGGCGGCCAUUGUUUCCUGGGGACUCUGAGAUUGACGAACUGUUUAGGAUUUUCAGAGUUAUGGGCACCCCAAAUGAAGAUACUUGGCCUGGAGUGUCUUCACUGCCUGAUUUCAAAUCUGCAUUUCCAAAGUGGCCUCGUAAGGAUAUUGCAGCUGUCGUCCCGAAUCUUGAUGCCGCUGGUCUUGAUCUCCUUGUUAAAAUGCUCUCUUUGGAUCCCAGCAGAAGAAUCACUGCGAGAAGUGCCCUUGAGCAUGAGUACUUCAAGGAUAUAAUUGUCCCCUAAUUCCAGCACCACUCGUCUUCGUGGUAAUGUAUAUUGUGGAAUCUUUCAGGCAUUAUUCUAUCUGAUACGCGUGGUCUGUAGGUGAAAAUUUCUGGUUUUGAUUCUCGUGAACACAAAUUCAACUAUUAUCUAAGUGCACGAGGCACAAGAAUCCUGGAAUUCAUAUUGUUACGUUUCCUGUGAUUGGUUUCAUAUUUUUCCUGUUUCAAGUUUCAGUUUGAUGGAAGACAUAUUAUCUUCUUUUUAAUA